UCUGAAGUAAGCUGGUAUAGUUAGUCUGCAUAUUGAACGUGCACGCACGCCCAUAACUGACUGACUAAGUGUUCCGGGUCCGGUCAGUAGUGCGUACGCUCUGGAUCAACUCCAUUCGUCUAGACUUUACACGUCGACUUUACUACAGGGAGUAAAUCGAUGAUCGUCUUAUUCAUUGCCACAGCAGCAGUAGCAGUUUAGCAAGGUUAUUCAAAAGUCAAAAGUGGAAAGGAGAUAGAGAGUGAGAGAGAGAGCGCGCGCGCCAGACCGAGAUACAGGUAGUGCGUGCUGCUAGUUCAAUGCGCAUAGCUUUUUCUGCGUUAACCGACAGAAGAGGCACGACGUAUAACGAGAGUGGUCCACGAAUUCGCCCCUGAAGUUAGCGAAAACCAGCUCCAGCAAGUGAAAGAGUUGCGUUGAUGAUUGGGCUUGGUAGAGACGAAGGAAGACAUAAGAUAACGGUGAAGAUACGCAACAACAUGAAGCGAAGCUCGAGUCGGGACUCGCCGCCUCCACGUUCCAAGAGAGGCCGGUCCUCGUUAGGACGGUACGAUGACUCAAGUGACGAACGUGUCACCCCAGAACGUGUACGUCGUCGUAGUCGUGGUGCAAGAAGUCCAUCACCACCUCCAAGAUCUCGGUACAUUGAAUCCAGCUCUCAUCGUGAAGAAUAUCCUCCAAGGCCACCCCGUGAAGUUCCAGCCGAACGUCCAAGUUAUUACAAAGUUUUAUGCAUCUCAGGUAUACAUCCUAAAGCAAGUGAUGAAGCAAUCAAGGAAACUAUUUAUCGAGAGUAUAAAAAAUUUGGUGAAUUUUCUAUCCGUAUUUCGCACAACUUGGAUGAGCCUAUUGCUUAUGUCUGCUUCCGCAACCACGAGGAUGCUCGCGAUGCCAAGUAUGCUAAACCCCGCAUACCCAUUUAUGACAAGCUUUGCCCCGUGGAAUCGGUGUACGAGCGGCCAGAGACGGCAGCUUAUCGCCGACCUCGGUCUAUUUCUCCGCCCGAGUACGAUAGAUAUGCCUACUCAAGAUCCCCAGGACCGACUGAUCGACAUAGACCAGUUGAACGCUAUGAUCGAGGAGUUUACGGACCUCCUGUUGCGUUGCCUCCUCGUGACCUGCGCAGAGAAGCGAUUCCACCACCGCAUCAUGAGUUUGUUCGACCACCUUUGCACCAUGGACCACCCCACGUACAUCCAGGUCCACCCCACGGACACUACGGACCUCCCAGGCACAUGAUGGUCAGACAUCCUGCUCAUGGUUUUGAGCGUGUUGAAAACAAGAAAGACAAAUUCCCAAAUUAUCUGCACCAUGUUCAACCAGAGGAUGAUCCUCUGGCUACUCGAACUUUAUUUGCCGGUAAUUUGGAAAUUAACAUCACCGAAGACGAACUGCGCCGUAUUUUUGGCAAGUACGGAAUAGUGGAUGAUAUAGAUAUCAAAAGACCACCACCAGGUACAGGUAAUGCUUACGCCUUCGUGCGUUUUCAAACUCUGGAUAUGGCUCACCGUUGUAAAGUUGAACUUUCUGGGCAGUACAUUGGGAAGUUUCAAUGUAAGAUUGGCUACGGAAAAGCCACUCCAACCACUCGUAUUUGGGUAGGUGGUCUAGGUCCCUGGACUUCAAUUGCUCAAUUAGAACGUGAAUUUGAUCGUUUCGGAGCUAUCAAAAAGAUCGAUUACAUUAAAGGUGAUACGACUGCUUAUAUUCUUUACGAUUCAAUCGAUGCAGCUCAAGCUGCUGUAAAGGAAAUGCGAGGCUUUCCUCUUGGUGGUCCAGAACGCCGCUUGCGCGUCGACUUUGCUGAUGUGACUCCUAGUGCUGGAUUUAGGCCUAGACCAUACCCUGAAGAAACCGCAGAGUUCAGACCUCGUGGUGAAUAUGAUCCAGGUUAUGAUCCUUACGGUGGUGAAACUGAUGCCACUUAUGGAGCAAGAAGUUUUAGAGGACGCGGUGCUUACCAUGAAGGAAGAGGAGGACGCAGGGGUGCUUACCGGGGUGGUUAUCCCGAUGGUGGUUAUCCAAGGGAAGAUCCCUACAGACCAGAAGCCGAUUACGAUGGUCCGCGAAGAAGGUCAUUGUCUCGUGAACCAGGUGUAGAUAGAUCACACUCUCGUUCCCCAAGAAGACGACCAGCUGAUAGCGACUCGGACUCUGAAAAUACGCGGGGUGGAAUGUUGAACAGUUCGCGUACUCUUAGUGACGUUGCCCGUAAAUCGGUUGCGAAUUGGCAGGGUGCUCUGAUUCUAAAGAACAGUUUAUUCCCAGCCAAAUUCCAUUUAACAAGCGGUGACACUGAAAUUAUUGAUGCCCUUAUGAAAGACGAAGAUGGAAAACAUAUGCUCAGAAUUACACAGCGUCUUAGGCUUGAUCCGCCCAAACUAGAGGAUGUGUCAAAGCGUAUGCAAUCGGCGAGCUCCCACGCAAUAUUUUUAGGACUUUCUGGAUCAAGCACUAGUGUUACAAAUGACGAUGCAAAUGUACAAACCAGGCCGCUUCGCAAUCUUGUAUCUUAUCUCAAACAAAAAGAGGCAGCUGGUGUUAUUUCUUUACUAAAUAAGGAUACAGAAAGUACUGGGGUUUUAUAUGCUUUUCCUCCUUGUGCAUUUUCUACUGAACUACUAAAACGCACAUGUCCAAAUCUUAGUGAAGAGGGGCUCAAAGAAGAUCUUCAUCUUGUUAUUGUCGUUGUGAAAGGUGGUAGCGCUUAAAUGUCUACAUAAUUUUUUUAAUAUAGUUUGAUGAUCAUGAAAGAUGGAAACUCUAACAAAGGUACUAUUUACUGAAUAAGCAAAUAUUUCAAAGAUUGAACAUUUUGCAAAGCUGUAUCAUCUCAUACAGUACUUAUCAUAAGUAAUGACAGAUAAAGAUAAAAAAUCAAGUAUAGCUUUUGUUUAUAUUAAAGUCCAAAUAAUAUGUUGUAAAAAAGCUACAGAUACCAAACUCAACUUGGUAAUUACGUAACUAUUGAACAUGUAAAUAGAAUGAUUAUAUGAUUAUAACAUUUAUCAAUUAAUUUUAAAAAUUAGCUGUAACUACUAUAUAUAAAAAAAAUAUGAAAACUUAACAAAUUUGAUAAAAAUAUUUUUUAUUAUUUAUUGGGAUAAAAAAAUUAUCCAAUCACUAUACCUAUGUUAGUUUAAUGCAAAGAUUACUAAUAAACAAAAACUGGUAUAAUUUUUAAUAGAUAACCUGUAAUUUACAAUGCCUUAAGCUCUGAAAUAAACAAUUUAAUUUUGAUGACUUUCUAAAAAUA